ACCGUGCCGCUGGCCGGUGGGAGCCGGGUCUCUCCUGGGCUCCCGGCAUGUCUGGGGCAGAGGCGCUGGGCCCCCAGGGACUCGAAGGCACUGGAGCAUGCACAGGGGACGUCCCCUCCCUUAAAGAUAUCGAGCAGCUCCUGAGCACCGGGCGGCCUUCUUGCAACCACGUUGAUGAAGUAUGGCCUAAUCUCUUCUUAGGAGACCUAGUAACAGCUCACAACAGAUUUGAUUUGUGGAAGAUGGGUGUGACCCAUGUUUUAAAUGCUGCCCACGGCACAGCAUACAGCCAUGGAGGCCAGGACUUCUAUGGAGCGACCAUUGAUUACUAUGGUGUACCAGCCCAUGACCUCCCAAGCUUUGAUAUAAGCCAGUUCUUCUUCUCUGCGGCACAGUUUAUCCACAAUGCCUUGAACACGCCAGGAGCUAAAAUUUUGGUACACUGUGCAGUUGGAGUAAGCAGGUCAGCUUCCCUAGUCCUAGCAUAUCUCAUGAUAAAUCACCACCUCUCAUUGGUUGAAGCCAUCAAAACAGUGAAGGAACAUCGAUGGAUUUCACCCAACCGUGGCUUUCUAAAACACCUGCGAAAUCUGGAUGUUCAGCUACGGCAGAAGAAGGACUGCUGAAAGGGCAAACCCAUUUACAUUCACCUAUCUGGGUUUCAGCCUUUGUAGCCAUUGUGCACAUGCAGCUUCCUGUGAUCAAUGCAUGUUGAAAAAAUGAAGAAAUUUGUGCAUCAAAGCAAAAAGUCAACAGAACUGUAAAUGGAUUAAUUCUGAUAGCUCAGUUCCUCCAAGACCAGCACAGCCAAUGUAAGCUCCGUGUGCUGCAGAGCUGCUGUGCCUAGUGUGGUGCUACCAGAUCACUCCACUGGAGUGGUUAAGAUGGACCGUGUUUGUUCCUGGUUUGUGCUAAUGCCAGAGGCAAGUUCAGUAACUGCAUCUAGCUGUACAGUAUCUUUGAGUCCCCUUUGCUUGGGAGUGUAACGUAACCAGCUUCCUCGGGUUGGUUACAGUUCUCAUGUGCAUGUUCUCAUAAGAAAAGCUUUUUGUGUUUCAGGCCUGGUGAUGUGGCAAGGGCGAUUUCUUAAGAGCCCAGACACUGCUACAGAAACACUCUUCUUUCGCUGAUCUGUUAAAUAUUGCAGCACUACAGAAAGCUGUGACAGCCUGAAGACCCACACCAGCAGAAUAAACUUCUGUGCGGCGCGCUCUGCAGUCUCUGGGUCAGCAAACCCACAAACCUUUUCUUGUGUAAAUAUGUUUUCAGCAAGAUAAUGUGUAUUAUGUAGUAUAUUGAGGACAUUAAAAAAAA